CAACUCAGCUACACCGACCAGGGUGGAAGAUGUGUCUUUUUGUCUGCUGAUUCUGUGGUGAGCCAAGGGAGGAUAACCAUGUGAGUCCUUUAAAGACUGAAAUAUACCCUGGAAACAAAAUAUAAGAGAUAGAUAUCUGUUCCUCCCAAAUCCUGGAUAACAAGAUAGUUAACACACAAUGGAGAAAGAUGAACUUCAAAAUAAACAAAGAAGCCAGCAUCCCCAGCUAAUCCCAUGGGUCAUUGCUCUUGUUUUCAUCUCAGUUCUUAGUGCCUGCUUUAUUGCAAAUUGUUUCGUGACUCGUGACAACUUUCUACACUGUGAGCAAAGCAUGAGGAUGUUCACGUUACCAGGGCACCACACGAAGCUGACGUGCAUCGAAGAAAAAUCAGAACUGAAAGGUACAGGGGCCACCUGGAACUGUUGUCCUAUUGGCUGGAGAGUCUUCCAGUCCAACUGCUAUUUUCCUUUUAAUGACAACAAGACAUGGGCAGAGAGUGAAAGGAACUGUGCAGGGCUGGGGGCUCACCUGGCCACCAUCAAUACAGAAGCUGAGCAGAACUUCAUUAUCCAGUAUUUGGAUAGACAAUUUUCAUAUUUCCUGGGACUUUCACGUGAGAACCCAGAAGGCCAGUGGCAAUGGGUGGACAGGACGCCAUUUAACCCACAUAUGGUAUUAUGGCCUAUGGGUAGACUCAACAACCAACAGAAAGAAAAAUGUGUUGUUCUUGUUAAUGACCAAGACAAAUGGGCCUGGAAUAAUAUUUCUUGUAAAGUUGGUGCAAGCAGGAUUUGUAAGAAACCCAGAAGAGUACUCACCUGAAAGUUAUGAAGGAGUUCUCAUGAUGAGGGCAGAAAAGAAGAACCCAUUAGACCAGGGCAGAAUGUACAUGCCUCAUUAGAAUAAAGACAACAUGCUAGAUCAUAGAACAUUCACAAUCAUGAUGGCCAUAUUUAUUUGUUCAAUUCAUUCAAGAUAAUGUGUUUUUGUGUGGUGUUUUAGUAGAAGGAAUCAUCUCUUCUAUAAAAAUCAUUUUUCAUUAACUUUGCUUUCUUGAUAGCAUUUUGAAGAAUUUACUUUUCAAUUGG